AUGGCUCCGUCAGGACGUGGAGCGACCAUCAAUGACCUGCCCAUCGAGAUCCUACGAGAAAUUGUCGGUCUAGUAUGGCUCGACUCGAUCCCCAAAUCCUCAUUUCGCAACAUUGAUCCACAUGGUCUUCCCUCUUCAUACCCUGAUGGUCGGAAGAUCUCGUCCACCCAAAAUGAUACCCGCAAGACGCUCUACAACCUCUGUCUCGUCAACAAGGCUUUUUACCACGAGGCAAGAGUGCUCUUGUUCCGACGCAUCCAGAUCACGCUGCCCCACAGCUUCAACUUGCUCUUGAGAACUCUCGGUGCAUCUCAUUUGGCCAGUGCUUAUGAGAGGUACGCGUUGACAGGCAGCGUCAAUGUCGAUCCUUCCGAUCCUGCCUCGUUUACCAACAUGAUCGCCGCCGCUGGUUUUGCACAUGCUCUUGGACAGAAACUCGUCAUUGGAGGAAACGCGACACCCACACCUCCUGCUAGUCGCAAUCCAAGUCCCGCUCCUUCCAAGCACGUUGUUGCUGUUGCUACUGCUGCUACUGCUGCUACUGCUGCUGUCGAGCGCUCAUCUUCCUUGACUCGGGCGGUAUCGAAGCGUAACUUCAGCCGCAUCAAUGCCGACGAAGACGGUGAGGUAGAGCUCAUCUGGACCGAGGAUCCCACAUCGACCCACGAAAAUCCAGUCUACCACGUCACACUCCGUGAAGAACACGAUCAAGACGCGGCCACGCUCCAUCGUUGGGUGCGUCUGAUCGACUUUUCCAAUUUCCGUACCCAAGGCUUGCGACGCACUAUCGGAGAAGGCAUGGAUCAACGCUUUGUCACCCCGGCUCGUCUGCUCGCGCUUGUCACUGCCGCCGAGGGUCUCGUCGCUUUUGGCGCAAGCGAGUCCAUGGACUCGGCACUAUCCAACGACGUGCUCGAGGCGCUCCUCUUCCGCGACGGUGAAUACAGCAAACCCAGUCGUUUGCGUGGCGUAUCAGUCGAGCGACACAGUGGUCGAUCCAACAAGAUGCUUCAAGCUCUCGACCUAUGCGAGUGCGUCUCGCCGCGCUUUCAAGAGGCUAUGAAGGAGUUUGUUCAAACCCAUCUUAAAAAAUUCAGCGGCAGGACGACAGACACGGUGGAAGAAGAGGUCGAGUCUGACAACGACGGCAUGAACGUUGACGACGAAGAAGAAGAGCGCGGUCGUGGCCGAAGCACUUCGGCAAGGCAGCAGAGCAAGAACCUCAGUCGUUCAGUAUCCACACGGCGUCAACAUGGGGACGGCCCCAGCCGCCAUCCUGCCAGGCCCACAGCUUUUCCGUCUUUGAACAGGUUGGGUUUGUCAGGUGUAACUCUCGACAAUGAUCUACUCAAUCCGUUCGUCCUCGCAUUUCCUCGACUCACCCACCUCGAUCUUUCCAGGACCAAAGCCGACGCUGCCCUGCUGAACGCGCUCAGCAGUUCGCAUCAGCUACACCUCGAAAGCCUCUCUCUGGCAUUUUGCAAGCGCAUCAGCUCGGAAUCCGUCACAGAGCUGCUCGUCGAUGCGCCCUGCACGCAGGGGCUUGUCGAGCUUUCCCUCGCAGGCACCCUCAUCUUUCCCACCCCGGUCGACUCGGAGGAUCUGAGUGUCAUCAUCACCCAGGCUCCGUGCUUCCGUUCGGGCAAGCUGCGCUACCUCGACCUCGGCGGUUGUGCGCUCACCGACGAGCUGCUCGACUUGAUUGGACCCCAACCUUCGUUGCUUGAUCUGGGAUUGUCGCACUGUCCUAACAUCAGGCUGGAAGCGGUUAGCAAGCUCCUGCGCGCUCGCGCGCCCAACGUGCAGAUCCUUGAGCUGUCGGACUCGUGCACGUCUCGCUCCUCGACCGAGGGUCUCACCACCAAUAUACCCGGCUACGACAGCCACGAUUCGAGCGCGAUCAACGCGGUGCAUCUGCAAAGCAUCCUGGUCGGACCGUGUGCCAAGACGCCACCUAUCCCGAUUUCGGUGCAGCUGGCGCUGAUGGGCUUCAAGACAGGUUCGGACCCGCCGCCGAGCCAGCCAGCCAACGCGAGGGCAGCGACCAACCUGAGAGUGGUCGGCUUGAACCAGGCCUCGCUCAAGAGCGUCAGGGGAGGGUUUGGCAGUUGGAAGGUGAUCAGGGGGGCAGGAAGGAGAGGAUGGGUGGUGGAUAUCGCAGCUGGGCCGAAUCCGGAAGCGAGCGACGAGGCUCUGUUGGAGGAUGUCAGGUCGAUUCCGAGUGCAAGCAUGGCGAUCGAGUACGCCGGAUCGGGAGAGCCGAGCCGAGGUGGUCACGAGGUCGACUUGAACAGGAGCCGAUCAGUGAGGUACGACGACGAAGACAUUGCCGAUGAUCGCUCGUCGUCUGCGCUGCUUGGCGUGGCUUCGCCAAGCCACUCUUCGGCGGCGCGUCACGCCAUGCCGUCGAUCCGAAGAGCUCACUCGGUCAGCGGCCGUGGCGGGGGCUCCACCUCGCGCUCGCGCUCGCGUCACUUGGUCGCGGCCUCUUACGCGCUUCCGUCAGACGUCAAACUCGUGCCCCGAGACGAAGUGGUGAGAGAUCUUGGCACGAAUCACGCGCGUCGCAUCAAAUUGCAGAGUUUGGCUGAUUCCAACGGUCAUGUUACCGGCGAUAUCGGUUGGCACAGUCGCAAGAUGGAGGUGCUCCUCGGAUUUGGGUUUCUAGGUCGUGAGUCGGGUCUGUAUGCUUUGCCGUCGUUUCAAGUCUGA